AUGUCAUUGCUAUCGGACAGACAUAAAGAUGAACUCAAUAAAUCGAUCAUGGAGUAUCUUCAUUCGCAGAACCACAUGCAGGCGUUAGCAGCUUUCAAAGAUGAGACUGGUUUAGAGUAUUCGCCGGACCCAAAGUCAAAGUACGCGGGACUGCUUGAGAAGAAGUGGAUGAGCGUCAUCCGUUUACAGAAGAAGAUCAUGGACCUGGAAAAUCGAAAUUCUGCACUGCAAGAAGAACUGAACUCUGCCCCCGCGCGACGCGUCACAUCCCAAAGUGACUGGUUGCCCCGUGCGCCAGCUCGCUAUACCCUGACUGGGCAUCGUUCCCCUAUCACCCGAGUUGCGUUCCAUCCACGAUUUUCGCUUCUAGCAUCGGCCAGUGAGGAUGCGACCGUGAAGAUAUGGGACUGGGAGACGGGCACCUUUGAACGUACUUUGAAAGGGCACACUAGGGAAGUAUGGGGAGUCGAUUUCGACUCGAAGGGCAACCUGCUUGCGUCGUGCUCGUCCGAUCUCACCAUCCGAGUAUGGGAUACCCAAGAAUGGGAUAUCCCUGGCUACAGUGGAAAAACGCUGAGAGGCCACGAGCAUACUGUGUCCACAAUCCGCUUUGUGCCCGGCGAUGACUUCCUUGUUAGUGCCAGUCGAGACAAGACGAUCCGCGUUUGGGAAGUAGCGACUGCUUUCUGUGUUAGAACCAUUGUGGGGCAUGAUAGCUGGGUUCGAAUGGUCAUACCUUCAUCUGACGGACAAUUCUAUGGGAGCUGCUCGAAUGAUAACACUGCGCGUAUAUGGGAUGCAAAGUCAGGAGCAAUGAAGACGGAACUUAGAGGCCACGAGCAUAAUGUUGAGGUGGUCGCAUUUGCUCCUAUCGCUGCUUAUGCAGACCUGGGCACGCUAGCAGGUCUUACUUCUGUUCCGAAAGGUCCCGGUGCGUACAUCGCCACCGGUUCUCGAGACAAGACCAUAAGAUUAUGGGAUACCGCCAACGGGCGAGAAUUGAAGGCCUUGGCGGGCCACAACGACUGGAUACGAGGCUUAGAAUUCCAUCCCUCAGGCAAAUUCUUAUUAUCCGCCUCCGACGACAAGACAGUGCGUGUCUGGGAGCUCUCGACGGGGCGUUGUAUGAAGACGAUCGAGGCACACUCGCAUUUCGUCACAUGCAUCGCAUGGGGCCCGCGCGUGCAGCAGCAGUCGGACGGCGCUGCCGCGUCGGGUGCGACAGAUGAGGAUGCAAAGCGCGUCAAUGUGGUCGCCACGGGCAGUGUGGACCAGACACAUCUCGCGGAGCGGAAUGCUGCUGGUCCAAAUACUUCUAUCUCCCAUGCUGAUAUCAUCCUGCCACUCUGCCGGGGUAAGGCGCUCACUUCGGAAGGCAAAAUGGACACGUCCGGACGGGUCGUACUCCUCGGCGAUGUCACGACACAGAUCAGGCAAGGGACCGCCUUCGGGCGGCAUAGGGAGUACCACGACCAGUAUCUGCAGGGCCCGCAGCUUGAGCAUGGCAUCCAGCAUUUCGUAGAGAAUCAACUGCUCGCUCAGGUCCUGGCCGGGCACUGCCAAUUCUCGAGACGCAGAUGCGAGAGGCCCCGCAGGAAGUGUCGACCGAUGGGCAACUCGGACCAUGUACUGAAAGUCGUGGCGGGGGACAAAAUCGAAGGUGUGGAGAGAGCGACAGGGAAAGCGUGUGGUAUCUACUCCGCUGGCAAGAGGCCGCUGGUCUCCACGUCGCUCAGACUCGCUGCCGCCACCUGCGGGAGGCAUGCCCGUGGUUGUGAGAGCAUCUAG